AUGAAGUGUCCUGAUAUUAAAUCAAAAGAAAUUGGAAGCAAAUGGACAGCCUUCGAUGAUCAUUUCGAUAAGCAAGAAAGUGUCUUGAAAAAUUGUGUGCCUGUGGAUUCGAGAUCUCAGAAUUCAAACAGUCUGCAUUUCGCCAGCUUUAACCAAGGUUUUUUCUCACAAACGAAUGCCAGUAGUCAGAUGUUCAAUUCAAAAAAUAACUCUAGUUCAAUAACAGAGUCAUACUCUACAACAGCCAGUUUUUGGCCAUCUCCACUCUCCAGUAUUCAAACUUUUCAGAUGAAAAAAUUUCCUAUGGAUGAUCAGUUUGCAACAGCAUGA